CUUCAUAACUAAUAAGUCAAUUCAUGCAAAUAGUGUUACAAAACUUUUUAAGCAAAACAAAACUGUCAAAAUUACUGCCUAGUACCAUUGCAUAAUGAGACUAUUGUUUCUGCUAAUACUCUGCAUAUGUAUUGCAAUCGUAUUAACAAAACCGUUGCAAAAGAAAGGCCGCAACAGUAGGUCCGGUGAGAGCGCCGACACCUCUGAGGAGGGCGACCAGGAGUCGGGCGAUAAGUCCGACAAAAAGGACGAUAAGGAUAAAGACGAGUCGGACGAUGAGCCAAAAGAUGGAAAGGGAGGGAAAGGCAUGAAAAACAAAGGAAAAGGAGGCAAAGACUCUGACGAUGACUCUGACUCUGAAGAUGGAAAUAAGGGAAAGGGAGGCAAAAAUAAAAGCAAAAAAGUUGGCGAUGAAGACCAUGAUGAGGAUGAUCAAGGUGGUGACAGGUGGUCGCAACAACAGGGGUCGUAA